UAGUUCCUUCCUUGUGUGGCUCUGGCUAUCGGUCUCACUCUGCCUUCUUCUCUGCUCCUCUAAUCCCUUUCCUUUCAACAACGUUCCCCAUCUUCCAACAAACUCACACUAACCUUCCCCACUCCACUCUAAUGCUACUUCCUCACCUGGUUUCCUGAAUUCCGGUUGUUGAUUUCGCCUGAAUGAGCUCCCAUGCCUUUGUUAGCUGAGAUUUCUACUGCCCAUUCAUGGUUUCAUGUUAAUAAGUCAUUGGGUUCGCUUACUUUUGGGAAUGAUAAGGAAUUAUCUUCUUCUUGGAAGUCCCUCGUUAUUCCAAAACGGGUGAACUGGAGUGUCCAGCCUGAGAGUUCCAGGCGUGGGUUCUUGAUUAGAGCAGUUGCUACUCUUGAAUCCAAGCCUGUGCUUCAUGAUGGGAACGGGGACAUUUCUAUGGGGGAACCGACGGAAUUUAAGAAUUCUCAGUUGGGUGUUGCUCCCCACACCCCGAGUACUUCAGAACUUCAGCUUGCGUCUUCCAGUGGAGAUUUGAAAGAAUUGGAUGAGAAAGAACGGUUGAGGCGAGAGAGGAUUUCCAAAGCAAAUAAAGGAAACACGCCCUGGAACAAAGGGAGAAAACAUAGUGCUGAAACCCUUAGAAGAAUCAAGGAGCGAACAAGGCUUGCAAUGCAGGAUCCUAAGGUAAAAAUGAAGUUGGUUAAGCUUGGCCAUGCUCAGAGUGAAGAGACAAGGCUGAAAAUUGGGGCUGGUGUGCGAAUGGGCUGGCAAAGACGUCGUGAGAAGAAGGUAGUACAGGAAACUUGCCAUUACGAGUGGCAAAAUUUAAUUGCUGAAGCUUCAAGACAAGGCUAUAAGGGUGAGAAAGAACUGCAGUGGGACUCCUACCAAAUUCUUAAUGAAGAACUUAAAAAGGAAUGGCUGGAGAGCGUUGAGCAACGAAAAAAAAUGCCAAGGACGGUCGGAAGCAGGAGAGCACCAAAGUCAGCCGAGCAGAGGAAGAAGAUAUCGGAGUCCAUCUCUGCAAAAUGGGCUGAUCCUGACUAUCGUGAUCGAGUUUGCUCUGCCCUGGCUAAAUAUCAUGGCACGCCUAUUGGAGUCAGCAGACGGCCUAGGAGAAAGCGCAGUGAAAGCACUGAUACCACAAGAACCAGCCAGAAGAAAGAAAAAAGUGAUGUUAACUCUUCUUUAGCAGGUGGGCGUAGAAUUGAAAAUCAACGUUUGAAACUCAGGAAAAGCAGAGCACCACGAUUUAAAGACCCUCUAGCAAGCUCGAAGCUGGAAAUGAUAAAGAGAAUCAGGGCACAGAGAGCAAUGGCAGAAACUCAAAAAAUGGAAGCCAUUGAGCGUGCUAGACUCCUGAUUGCUGAAGCUGAGAAGGCUGCUGAGGCCCUUGAGGUUGCCGCUACUAGUAGCCCCAUUGCUCGAGCUUCUCUAUUAGAAACAAGGAAGCUUAUAGCUGAAGCAAUACAAUCAAUUGAAUCCAUAAAUAUCGUACAAACAGCAUCCCCACAGACUGAAGAACCGAAGGCAGCAGCCUCCUACUCCUCCUUCGAAGUGGUCACCCCAAACAUCGAGGAAGAGUCACUCAGCAGGAAAGAAGACCAAAACAGAGCAGUUCAAGCAAUAGCAAACGGGACCCAGUUGUUUCCAGCAAACAUAGAUGAGGAUUUUGAUUGUAGUAAGUUCAGUCUGCAGGAUCUACUUGGUCGAGAGAAGGAAGUUUCAGCAAGCAACAAUGGAUAUGGCUUAUCUCAUUCAAGUUUUUCAAGUCUCGCAAACCAGCCUAAUGGGAAUAAGCCAUCUGACCUUAAACCUUCCUUGAACGGGACCAAACUUCAUCACUUGGAAGAGAAAGCGGAUUCCCAAGUGAUUACUGUCACAAAGAAAUGGGUUCGCGGGAGGCUUGUUGAAGUAGCCGAAGAACGUUAAGCCUCGAUGUUCAAUGAAGCAACACCCAGCGAUUAGCAUUUGAUUGCCACAUCUGUGUAAUACAAACUAGGUGAUUCAUCAUAGUCAUGAUAGUAGUAUUGACAUUAGAGCAGCAUCCUCUGGUUCGAUUUCUUUAUGUAAACAAUCUCAACAGUGUUGGCUAUGAUAAUUCAUUUGCUCCCCUUCACAUCUCAA